AUGAGCAGAAAUAAGACUUAUUGCAUGAAGCACCAAAUUUGCGAAAUUCUGCAGGAUAUACGCGUAGAAGACGCAAUUUUGCAAAUUUGCAAAAAAAAAUAUAUUUUUGUGAUUUCGUGGAAAACUCCCGGCGAGUUGUUCUGCUUUGCGUAUGCUUUAAGUUGUGAAAUACUAGGAGCUGAUUGGUCCGUAGCGGAAAGUUUCAAAUUUAUCAAGUCCGCAAUUGCCGAGCCACUGCGUUGUUUUUCAGUGAGUACUGCGAUUACUUAUUGCAACACUCCCCCAAUCCCCGGUGAACUGCUUCCACUUGCUGCCAAAAGUGUCUCUGUUGUCUGUUCGGCCUGCAGAAGGGCAGGGAAGGGACUAUUAUCAAUUCUUUGUUAUUUUUUUGAUUUUUCAUAUAUAUUUUUGGCUUACAAUGUGAGCGAAUACAGUGAUAUUUUUUCAUUUAAUAUCCCCCUGGUUAUAUACGUUAUUUUAUUAGAUAUAAAUAUAUAA